AUGCCCCCGCCGAACUCGUAUUACCCCGAGGGGCCGAACGACGUUAAUGGCGGCUUGCCGAUUAAUCUGGAUUCGUUGAGGGAUGGGCCGCCCGGGAGUAAGCCGUUUUAUCCGUAUUCGACGCUUAUACGGUAUGCGAUUAAGGGCUCGCCGAAUCAGAAGUUGUUGUUGGAGGAUAUAUAUUAUGCGAUUGAGAGUCGGUUCCCGUACUUCAGGUCAGCGCCAUCUGGAUGGAAGAACUCCGUGCGACACAAUCUCUCGCUCAACCCCUGCUUCGAGAAGGUCGCCCGACCACUCACCGACCGCGGCAAAGGCUCCUACUGGACCGUGAACGACAACGUCGACCCCCGCACCGGCGUGCACCGAAUACGGAAGAAGAAACCCAAAAGCUCUAGCAACGGCGGUGGGGGUGGUAGUGGCGGCGGCGGCGGCGGCGGCGGUCAGCGGGGACGAGGCAGCCAGGACGACGUGGACGAGUACGCGCCCGACGGUGUGCCGAGUUACGACGAUCCGCACGCACAGUACGUUCCUCCACCGCCGCCGCCGCCGAUGGAGACGGACGAAACCGGCCAACCGCGUCCUGCUGCUUAUCCGCCGCCGUACCCACCGUAUGUCUACUCAUUCGAUCCUACCGGCGGCUUCGCGAUGAUGCCGCCCCCACCACACAGCAUCCGAUUCAUGCCCCCGCCUUUGAACCUGCACCUCGAAGACCUCGACAUGGACGAGAACGGCAACGUGGACUGGCACAUGGCGUGGAUCAACGAGAUUCAACAGUUGCAGCAUAUCACGGCAGAGCAGGAGAAGGCGGGCGCGGACCAGGAAUGGUUCAGGAUGAUGUUUUUUAGAGUGAGGAGCGCGAUGAUGGUGCCCCCGCCGUUUCCGCCUGGGGAUCCGGCUAUGGCGCCGCCACCGGGGGAGAUGCAUCAUCCGUCGGCGGGGGUGGGUGGACAGGCGGUGCAGGGGGCGAAUGGGGUGUCGGAGGAGGGGUGA